AUGGUUGAAUUGCUCGACAAAAAGAGGAGAAUCGAAAGCUCUGUACCCUCAAAGAACACCGCAAGACCUUCGAGGAUAUUCAGUCCGUUUAGAGUUUUGGGAAAUGUUACGGACUCGACCCCGUUUGCGAUAGGUACCUUGGGAUCGACAUUCUAUGCCGUCACAUCAACAGGAAGAACUUUUCAAGUAUACGACUUAGCAACACUUCACUUGUUAUUUGUGUCUCAGAAACAAAGCAAGUCCAAGAUCACUUGCUUUGCAACCCACCAUCACUAUAUUUUUGCCGCUUGUGGCAAUGAGAUUGGAAUUUACAGGCGUGGAAGAUUGGAGGCAACAUUGCCUUGCGACACCAAGGGGGUGAUUACUCACUUAUGCUACUUUGGAGAAUAUCUUGUUGCAGGUAGCUCGGAGGGUGAAAUUUUUGUUUUCAAAAAGUCACAAGAGUCCAAGUACCCAACCGAUUUGUAUUCAGUCAUGAAGACUGUUAAUACCAGCGUCGAUGGAGACAUUGUCGGAAUUGUACACCCACCUACGUAUUUAAACAAGAUUGCCGUUGCAACUACUACUUCAAUCUUGAUCGUCAAUGUUCGCCUGGGCAAGCUUUUGUUCAAAUCGCCACAGCAUCAAUUCGGUGAGGAAAGUAUAUCCUGUAUUGAGUGUGCGCCUGCACUUGACAUCGCAGCUAUAGGUACAGCCACCGGUGAUGUCUUUAUUUACAAUUUGAGAAAAGGGACAACUUUGGGAGAUAAGAUUGUGACAUCCGGGUCAGACUCGUCGUCCAGGGUAACCUCAAUAUCAUUCAGAACAGAUGGUCAGCUGCAUUUGGUGGCCGCUUUGAAUAAUGGUGACUUGUACUUUCAUGAUUUGGAUAAAAACAGUCGUGUACAUAUUUUAAGAAACGCCCACAAGGAAUCAUUUGGUGGUGUGGCAAGGGCCCAAUUUUUAAAUGGACAGCCUAUUGUUUUAACCAAUGGUGGUGACAACCACUUGAAGGAGUUUGUUUUUGACCCAAGCCUCACCACAACAAACUCUUCCAUCAUCACACCCCCGCGUCACUUGAGAUCGAGAGGCGGUCAUUCGGCACCCCCGGUUGCCAUAACAUUUCCUGACGAAGACAAGACCCAUUUUCUAUUGAGUGCUUCUAGAGAUCGGUCAUUUUGGAGUUUUUCAUUGAGAAAAGAUGCACAAGCACAAGAGUUUUCGCAGAGAAUGCACAAGUCAAAAGAUGGCAAGAGACAAGCAGGUGUUGUAUCUUCCUUGAAGGACAAGUUUCCUGAAAUCAUUGCAAUUUCUUCGUCGGAGGCAAGAACUGGUGAUUGGGAAAACAUCAUGACCGCACACAAGGACGAACCAUUUGCUAGAACAUGGGAUUCCUCCACAAAGAGAGUUGGAAAGAAUGUCUUGAACACUGUUGACCAAGGCUCUUGUAAGUCUGUAUGUAUUUCGCAAUGUGGAAAUUUCGGUCUUGUUGGUUCUUCCUUGGGAGGUAUUGGUGUCUACAAUUUACAAUCGGGAUUAUUGAGGAAAAAAUACAUGUUGCAUAAGCAAGCAGUAACUGGUUUAGCCAUUGAUGGUAUGAACAGAAAAAUGGUGAGCACAGGGUUAGACGGGGUUGUUGGGUUUUACGACUUUGGAAAAUCAAAAUAUUUGGGAAAACUACAAUUGGAUGCACCAAUUACGGCUAUGGUGUAUCACAAACAAUCUGAUUUGAUUGCAUGUACAUUGGAUGAUUUGUCGAUUGUAGUGGUUGACGUUACUACUCAAAGGGUUGUCAGAGUACUCUUUGGACAUUCAAAUCGUAUUUCUGGUUUGGACUUUUCUCCAGACGGAAGGUGGAUUGUUUCUGUUGGGCUAGAUUCCACAAUGAGAACAUGGGACUUACCAACAGGUGGAUGUAUUGACGGAGUUGUGUUGCCGGUAGUUGCUACAUCCGUUAAGUUUUCUCCUAUUGGUGACUUGAUUGCGACUACCCACGUGUCCGGUAAUGGUAUUUCGUUGUGGACUAACCGUGCUCAAUUUAAGCCGGUUUCUACAAGGCACAUUGAAGAAGAGGAAUUCUCGACUAUUUUGUUGCCCAAUGCAGCUGGUGAUGGUGGAUCAACCGUGUUAGAUGGUGCUUUGGACGAGGAACCGGAUCAAGAGGACUUGGCAAUAGGAAAGUACGAAUCCAAGAGUCAAAUAAACGACAACUUGAUAACUUUGUCUUUGGGACCGAGAACAAAGUUCUCUACAUUGCUACACUUGGACACCAUCAAGAAAAACAACAAGCCUAGAGAAGCAAUCAAAAAACCAGAAAAGGCUCCGUUCUUCUUGAGCUUAAGUGGUGAGGCUGUGGGAGAUAGGGCAUCAGUUGCUGAAGGCGUGCAACAAGAACAAGUGCAAGACAAUUCUGAAGAAGGCAGCAGGUUGGUAUCUUUGAAAAACGUGAAUGGACACUCUUUCGAAAGUGAAUUUACGAAAUUGUUGAGAUCUUCAGCCGAGGGAAAUAAUUACGGUCAAUUUUUAGAGUAUCUCGUUGGCUUGCCUCCUUCGAGUUUGGAUCUUGAAAUAAGGUCCUUGAAUUCACAACCACCUUAUGAAGAGAUGACAAACUUUGUUACAGCUUUGAUUGUUGGUUUGAAAAGUAAAAAAGAUUUCGAACUCAUUGAGACCAUUUUCUCGUUAUAUUUGAAGGUUCAUGGAGAUGUUAUUCACCAAACUGAAGAGUCCUCCGAAUUGUGUGCUGCCUUAAACGAGUACUCUCAGAUUGGCAAAGAGAUGAAUGACAAGAUGGAUGAGGCUGUCAAGUAUUGUUCGAACAUCCUUGAACCCACCACUAGACUACGAAUACCUCAAUUACGUCAAGGUCAUGGCAGAGCGACAUCGGUACUUCUUUUGGAGAAUCAAAUUUAUGUCGGUUGUAGCAAUGGAGAUUUACUACUUUUCACUGCACUGGAGCAACCAGAGCAGGACAAAAGUCCGGACUAUCCAACGCUUGAUAGUACAGUUGCCACCGCCAAUUCACUGGCUACUCGAUCAGUUCGGUCACUCAAGUCCCAUGCCGAUUCUAGAAACUUAUUUACUGAAAGUCAUGGAUACACGAUGUCUGCUGUGUACAAGAACCUUACCAUCGAUGGCUCAUAUAUUUCAACUAUUCAAUUGCUUCCGAUUCUGAGUCCUCACCCCAACUUACAAAAAACAAUUGUUUUGAUUACCAGCGUAUCUGCCUUAAAGAUCUACGAGCUCGUCGGUAGCCAUACCAACCUAAUAUACUCUCUAGAGGAGACCAAAUUUGCGAAACCCUUGUAUGUUGAGCAUGAUGGGACUCGCAUCUUAAUCAUUGGCUACAGAAAGAAAUUGCUAAUCUUAUCAAUAACGAACAAAUCUCGUAAUGUUUUACAGUUUAGCAAGGUGAAGGAGAUAGCAUUAAAGGAUAGAAUACGAACUAUAAACAGUUACGACGAGAGACACAUUUUAUUAGGGACAGAAAGUGACCACCUUUUGCUCGACCUUGGAAACCUUGAAGUUUGUCUGUUGUCGGGCGAUGGCCACUUGGAACUAUUCGCACAGGCGACUUCAUUCACAUACUUUGGCUUGUCAUCUUCGGAUCCCCUGGUUUGGACUUUACCCACAGAGGGUGACCUGGUGAUAUUCAUCAAAGACACUACUGUUGUCCUAUUUGAUAAGAAUACCGGUGAGAUCUCAACAUCCUCUAUCAAGUUGUCGACAGUCCCGUUAGCUGUUGUAUCCAUUAGCCCAAUGUAUUUGGCGAUAGUAUAUGCAAAAAAAUUGGAGGUAGUGGACUUGAAUGGUUCUGUUGUUCAAAAGUUGCUACAUCACAUAUCCUCUAGCCUGAUAAUUGCAGAUUCUUGUGGCUCAACUGUGAUUUUGGCGUCUGGAACAAGUAUAUUUCAUUUCAAUGUGGUGGCGUACCAGCAGCAGUUGACUCAGUUUUUGAGCGUAAGCGGCAGAAUCAUGGGCUCUUCGAAGCAGCCGGAUAAUGACUUAAGACUCGUUGGUUUAGACAAGGCGAUACAGCUUGUGACCUUAUUGCCAGCUGAGAGUGGUGAAUUUUUCGACACUCUCAAAUCAAAGGAGUUGAAGCUUCGAGAAUUGUUCAAACUCAAAGCAAUCUACUUGUUCAAUGCUUAUUCUAAAUUCCACGAGUCUUUGGUUGAAAUUGGAUCCGAGUGGUUACUCUCUUACCAGGAUAUUCUUGCAUUGUUUCCAGAUUUUCUAAAUGCGGAAGUACGACUAGGUGGUGGUGACGAAAUAGGCACAAAAGACACCCAGUACACAACCGCGCUGAAUCCAGUCAAGCACGUUACGAUAGAAGAUUUGGAAUUGAACCCUUUAAUUGAAUCCGAAUACGAAACUGAUGCAACAACCAGGAAAUCCAUUAAACCAGUAAAAAGGUCAAUCAAGGCUCAAAAUGUUCGCCGAUUUGCCAAAGCUGUUAACAACUUGAUCAUUUUUUUAACAGAGCAAAGACGGAUUUUAUUGCAAUUCCAUGACAAACGAACCAUACAGUGGAAAAAUGUUGAGCUCGAGCCGAUUGAUAUAUAUCCCGUUGUGGAAAAUCAACUAGAGAGUGUUUCCACAAUGAUUGACACUUCAUUAUUUCUUUGCUAUUUCCAUUGCAAGCCUAUGUUACUUGGUCCAUUACUUCGCUUGCCUAACAAUAAGUGCGAUUCCAAGACUGUUCAUCAGUGUUUGAUGAGUAAUGUGCAUAAUCAUAUACAGCAGAGGAACCUCAAACAACCAAACUUCAUCAAGGAGUUGCUUGAUUUCUAUUAUGGACGUGGUUUACACCGUGAAGCCUUGGAAAUGUUGUACAACCUAGCUCACGACGACAAGCAGGUGAGUCAUUCAAAUGAGGAUGACAAUGUUUAUGAUGAUUUCACAAGGAGUUCUGAAUUGACGGUACAGUAUUUGCUGAAGUUGACAAAUGAACAUAUGCUGUUGAUAUUGGAGUACGCAAAGUGGGUCCUUGAUGAAGAUUCGCUGAAUAGCGAAAGGUUGUUUAUGAAUGAUUCGUAUGAAUGUGAAAGUUAUGAUCCGGAAAUGAUUUAUCAAUUUUUUGUCAAGAGAAAGAGCUAUGGAACUGCCAUCAGAUAUCUAGAGUGGCUCUUGUAUGAAAGUGAUGUGAAGGACAAAUUGAAAAGAACUAAACUAUUCAGCACUUUUGAAACAAAGCUUUGUUGCUUGUACUUGAAAGAAAUGAAAGAUGGGGUCAAUGUUGAUGAAUACUACAAAAAGCUCUGCAAAAUUUUGCGUCUGAGUGAAUUUUAUGAUCCGUGGGCGGUGUUGAAAGAUAUUCCCACGACCGAGGAUAAAAUGCUUCGAUUGACCGUGUUUGUUUACAAACGACUCGAAGAGCAUGAAAAGGCAAUUGAUGUGUUGUAUAACCAGUUGAAUGAUUUGGAUGCGGCAAUGAAGUAUUGUGCAGGGAUAUAUGAAAAACCAAAUGGUGCCACAUUGGGUACCGCUUUAUUUCACAAGUUGCUUGAAGAUUUGCUACUUCAAUUCAACGAAAACACCAACGAUAUUGCCACUUUGUUGUCUCAAGAAGGGUCGAAAUUGUCAAUCCACAAGGUCUUUGAACUUCUUCCGCCAUCGUUCCCGUUACAAAAGUUGUCGCCAUAUCUCAUCAAUCAGGUGAAACGCGUUGACGACAAAGUCCACGACUCUCGAAUGUGCUCGCAAUUAUAUAAAGUCGGCUCCACCAAUUUGAAGUACAAGGUCUUGAAUCUACAAGAUGAGGGCUACAAGAUUAACUCUGGUAAACAAAAAUGUUCAAUCUGUAAUGAACGCUUGGGCUUUGGGUAUUAUACCGUGUCGAGCGAUGGCUCGAUUAGUUAUCCAGAUUACAAUAGAGCUCUUCCAAUGUCUAUGCUUGACCUGAAUCCAAUAAUCCACCCGAAUCACCAAAGCCAUCGAUUCAAAUUCGAAACGUUUCUACGAAACGAAUACAAUUUCGGAUUAAAUCCAGAUAGACCAGUAUGCCCGCUAUACAAUCCAUACAACCCUCAAACAUCGUGUCCACUAGGCUCAAACUGUCCCAACAAGCACGUUCCACAGAUGUAUUCCAAUAAAGUUGUCUGCAAGCAUUGGUUACGUGGGUUAUGUAAGAAGGGCGAUCAUUGUGAAUUCUUGCACGAAUACAAUCUACGCAAGAUGCCUGAAUGUUUAUUUUAUUCCAAAAAUGGCUUUUGCACUCAAGGUAGUGAGUGUUUGUAUCAGCAUAUUGACCCACAGCUGAAGAUUCCUGAAUGCAUGAAUUAUAACGCUGGGUUUUGUGCCGAGGGAUCCAAUUGUAAGAACCGUCAUGUUAGAAGAAGUAUAUGUCCUUACUACAUGGCAGGAUUCUGUCCCAAAGGUCCUGAAUGUGAGCAUACUCAUCCGAAAUUUGAUCACCACAAUUUGUACUUGAGGAUAAAACCAGAUCCAAUGUGGGUUAGGGGGGAGAGUGAAGAGGUGGAUGGUGCCACUAGUGAUAGUGUAAAUGCUAAAAUUGAAGCUACAAGUGAUAAUAGAAGUGCAAUAGCUGUAUAG